AUGGAGAAAACAAAGUCUUGUUCUGAAAAGGUCAGUAAUCAUAUACCUGAUGAUCUUACUGUUCCCAUUCUUUCAAAACUUGCUCUGAAAUCUUUGGUUCGAUUUCGAUGCGUAAGAAAAUCAUGGUCACUCUUAUUCCACGAUUCCUAUUUUAUGAACAUGUACCGCAUCCAUUUUGCAUCUAACAACAAUUAUACCUAUUCCGAUCAUUCAUGUAUCAGUUAUGAGUUAAUUGAGCCAUAUUAUGAACUCCACAAUGCCUUGUUUUUGUAUGAUGGCAACAAAUUUGAGAAUAAAGUAAGAUUAGAUAUGCCACCUCCAAUUCAACAGCAUGAUUUUGGUUUUCAAUUCAUGGGUUCUGUUCUUGAUGGCACUCUUUGUUUCUCCCAAAAUUGGCAAAUCCCAAAUAUUGUAUUUUGGAACAUUAAAACUAACAAUUUCAAGAUUCUUCCUCCUAGUCCCCUCCAGUCUCCGCCACCUUUUUAUCGUAAUGCCGUGGGUACGAUUCAUGGAUUUGGUUAUGACCAUGUUACAGAUGAUCCUAAGCUGAUUAGACAUGUAGCACAUUGUCUACAUGUAACUGACUAUGAAGGUUAUAUUCCGCCACUCGACUCUAUCUGGGAAGUAUACAGUCUAAGAAGUGAUUCUUGGAAAAAAGUUGAUAUAGAUAUGUCUAAGAGGUUAUAUUUUAAUACACAUUUCCGAGUUCACACAAAUGGAGUUUGUCAUUGGUGGGAUGAAACUGAAGAUUGUUUGGUGUCAUUUGACUUGAGAAAUGAUGUGUUCUUUAGAACACCUUUACCCUCGUGCGUGGAUGAUAAUUUUGGCUUGUUAUUGGUAGAUACACAGUUUGUUGCUUUAAAUGGGUCUGUUGCUUUUAUCUCAACCUGGGAAACAAGUGCGAAUAAGCUAACUACUUUUCACAUAUCGGUUUUGGCGGAACUCGGUAGGAAAGAAUCAUGGAUUAAACUGUUCAUUGUUGGACCAUUACCUUGUAUUUACCAUCCUAUUGGAGCAGGGAACAAAGGCGAUAUAUUCUUUUUGUCAAAAGAUCGCAAACUAGUUCAGUUUGAUUUAAUUACACAGAGAAUUGAAAUAAUUGAUAUUAACUAUCAACUAGGUAAUAAGGCACUCCUUUAUAAGGAAGUCUUUCUUCCGGUCGGAGAACUAGAUAUGUAUGGCCGUGAUUAUUAG